AUGUGGAAACAUUACAAAUUUGAUCCUAAUUCUGUAAAUUUUUCAUGUGAUACGGAUAAAAAGUUAAAUGAAUUUGAUACUUUACUACAUUCCGAAUGGGAUCGUGCUGUUACUCAAGAUCUUUUCGCAUUUCCAAUUAAUUAUCAUGCUAACCGACGAAUACUUGAUGAUGGAGAUCUACACUAUAUUAUUGAAUAUAAUCGUGAUCGACAAGAAAAACGUCGAAUAGCAUAUCCAUAUGAACAUGUAAAUGCACCAUUUGAUAAUAAUAAAUUUAAUUUUAAUAAAAUAAAAGAUAAAGAAAUUCUUAUUUCUUUAGAUAAUGAUGAACAAACAGAUAAACAUUUAAUAAUAAUUAAUAAUGCACCUAUUCAUCCUUAUCAUGUAUUACUUGUACCUGAUCGUCAACUUGAACAAACACAAAUUCUUACUAUUGAUUGUAUUAUAUUUGGAUUUGAAUUCGUUGCUGUAAGUGCUCAUCCAUAUAUCUUAGCUGGUUUUAAUUCACUUUGUGCUUACGCAUCCAUAAAUCAUUUACAUCUUCAUGGCAUGUAUUUUCCUGAUCGUUUAUUUCUUCAGACAAUAAAAUGUUCUCCAUUUCAUACAAACUCAAAUUGUUACCUUUUGGAUUUGUUUCACGCUGAAGCAUUUGCUUUCGAAGUUCAACAUAUUGAUGAAUUCAAUAGAAUUGCUCAAUAUGUAUAUAAAAUAACAAAUUAUUUAGCUUCAAAUAAUAUUGCUCAUAAUAUGGCAAUUGUAAAGGGUGAUUCAUUUUCAUCAUCAAAUAAUGUUUUACGUAUAUUUGUUUGGUUUCGUCAAUCAGUUAUUAAAGCACAAAGAUUUGAUCGAUGUAAUUUCGCUUGCCUUGAAUUAGCCGGAUUUAUGACACUUCACUAUGAAGAAGUUUACAAUACUUUGACACAAAUGGAAUUAUUUGAACAUUUGAAUGAAAUAGCAUUAUCAUUGGAAGAACAAAAACGAAUUAAAGAUCAUGUGAAAAAUUUAUUAGACAAUUAG